AAAAUGUUUUGGUUGGUCGCGUUUUUAUUCGCCGUUACGGUGAUAUUUGUCGCUCAGAAAAUUUGGUUUACCCACUGGAGCCGCCAAGGGAUAGCACAAUUCGCGCCAAAAUUUUUAUUCGGUGAUAUCGGAGAGGUUUUUCAGCAACGUCUGAAUAUUGGCAUGGUGUAUGCUAAGCUGUACGAAAAAUCCAAACAUCUGCCGAUAUGUGGCGUUUACUUUUCGUUCAGAAGAUUUUUGAUGAUCAAUGAUCCGGAUCUGGUGAAGGAUGUGUUAGUUCGAAAUUUCAGCCACUUUUAUGAUCGGGGAAUGCGAGUGGACGAAUCGAUGGACCCAUUGGGAGGUCACUUGUUUGCGCUCUCUGGUGAAAAAUGGAAACAUCUACGCACGAAAUUGGGACCAGCGUUCACGUCGGGAAAACUAAAAGGCAUGUUUCCAACCUUGCUCAAAAUCGGUGAAGUGAUGUUGGAUCAUGUUGGCAGAAAUGGCAGUGGAAUGAUAGAUGUACGCGAGUUAUCAGCACGCUACUCUACUGAUAUUAUAGCUUCCGUUGGAUUCGGAAUAGAAACAGAUUCCAUCAACAAUGAGGAUGAAAUUUUCCGUAGGAUGGGAAGUAAAUUUUUUGCUCUAACUCUGAAGAAUAUGUUCCGUUUGGGAUCGUUCUUUUUCUUUCCUAAGUUGCUAACGACACUUCGUAUGAAACAUGUGGACCAAGAAGUUGAAGACUUCAUUUUCAACCUUGUUCAAGGAACGAUGGAAUAUCGGGAAUCUAAUGGAAUCGUUCGUAAGGAUAUGAUGCAGUUGUUGCUUCAGCUGCGAAAUACUGGAGCUGUUGCUGAAGACGAUCGAUGGGAUGUUGGAGUUUCGAAAAAUUCGAAAACACUAUCUCUACCAGAAAUAUCUGCUCAAGCUUUCGUUUUCUUCAUCGCUGCCUACGAAACUUCAUCCACAGCUAUGGCAUUUUGUCUUUACGAAGUGGCGAAGAAUAAAACCAUUCAACGAAAAGUUCAAGAAGAGCUUGAUGAAAUCCUCAGUAUCAACCAAGGAAAAUUUGACUACGAAAGCGUCGUUAAAAUGCAAUAUCUGGACAAAUGUAUCAAAGAGACUAUGAGGAAGUAUCCAAGCCCACCAUUUUUGAAUCGAGAGUGUACCAAGGACUAUCGAAUUCCAGGAACAAAUACAAUUAUUAAAAAAGGAACAAUUGUGAUCAUUUCUACGUUGGGUUUGCAGCGAGAUGAUCAAUUCUAUCCCAAUCCCGAAGAGUUCAUCCCUGAGAGAUUUGACCACUUUGAAGACAGCAAUUCAAAGGUACCUUACUAUCCGUUUGGCGAUGGACCCAGAAUCUGCAUUGGGAUGCGCCUGGGACAGUUGCAGGUUAAGCUGGGCUUGGCACUGCUACUAAGCCGAUUCAAUUUAGCGCUUGUAGAUGAAUCUCAAAGAACCGGUGAAUUGAAACUGUCUCCCAAAUCUAUAUUGUUGACCCCGGUCGAUGGAAUCAAUCUUAAGUUGCAAGAAAGAAAUUUAAAUGACUGUCGAAAGCUUUGAAAUGAUGCACUCUCAAAGAAAAAAAGACAGAUUUUUCAAUUAUCUGAAGAGAUACC